AUGUGUGCCGAUCUCGCGCCGUUUAUCGAGGACACUCGAGCGUUUGAUUUAUUACGGGCGUCGGUGCGGAGCGCGACUGGGCUGCGCUACGUGCACACGUCGCCUGUCGAUCAAUCAACGAGCGGACGGACGCGCGACAGGCCAUUAGGCGCCUCUCCUCGGCUCAGGUGGCGCCGUGUCUACAACGAGCGCCGAAUGACUGCUCACAGCCACCUCAUUUCUACCUUAUUACUCGUUCGCAUG